UUAUUUAUCGUAGGUACUGAACAAAAUUGUUGACAGUUUAGAAAUUCAGCUAACAUUUAAAUUGCACAUCACCCAAAUGAAUGGCCACACAAAAGCGAAUAAUUAAAAAUGCCGUUUGUGCGGCCGUCUCACGUGAUUGACAGUUAAAAGAGAAAAGCUGAGUCCUUUACACGCCCACUGCAAUUUAAUUGCCGAAAAGCCAUCCCAUCCCUAUAAAUACCAGGAAAUGCCGAUUGAUUGCCAGUUUUUAGUGUUUAUUUGCCUUAUAGACGUCAUAAAAAGAGGAUCGCUGACAAAAUUUCAAGAGUCUUUAAGAUGUUAUUCAAUCCGAAACCACCGAAGGAUCCAAAAAACUUCAGAUUUCCCUUACAAUGCAUCUGGUUAAAAUUGAACGGUUCGUGGCCACUGAAACCCAAAGUGGCGGGUGAGUUUGAGAAAUACUUUCGCUUGCUAUACAGCACUUGGGCCUGGUAUGUGGUGGCCAUGGUUGGCAUAACCAUCGGUUUUCAGAGUGCAUUCCUGCUCAAAUCCUUCGGCAAUAUAAUGGUCACCACGGAGAAUGGUUGCACCACAUUUAUGGGUGUGUUAAACUUUGUGCGUUUGCUGCAUUUGCGAUUGCAUCAACGGGACUUUCAACAAUUGUUAGCACAAUUCGUAAAGGAUAUCUGGAUUACGAGCUCCUCCCACCCGACCGUUGAGCGCGCUUGUGCCCGCAACAUGCGUGUCUUUCAAGUGAUUUCGGUGCUCCAGUCCAGCCUCAUCACCAUGUACUGCAUUCUGCCUUUGGUGGAACUUUAUAUGCUAACGUUGAAUGUGGAACCCGAUGUCUUGGAUAGCAUGCCGAAGCCAUUUCCUUAUAAAAUGUUAUUCCCUUACGACGCAAAUCAUGGCUGGCGUUAUGCGCUCACCUAUUUAUUCACCGCUUGGGCCGGUGUUUGUGUGGUGACCACACUCUUUGCUGAGGAUUCGCUAUUUGGCUUCUUUGUAUCCUACACUUGUGGCCAGUUUCGCAUACUACACACGCAAAUCGAUAAUAUUGUACCCGAUUCAUAUGCAGUGACGCGAGCUGGACGUGGCACAGAGGCGAUCUUCCAGCGGGAAUGCAUUCGACGUCUGGAUAAAAUUGCCAACAAGCAUUGCGUAUUAUUUAAUUUCGUCAGUCGCAUGGAAGAGUUCUUCAGUCCAAUUUUAUUGGUGAAUUUCUUGAUUUCAUCGGUUCUAAUUUGCAUGGUAGGCUUUCAAUUGGUGACGGGUCAAAACAUGUUCAUUGGUGAUUACGUAAAGUUUUUGGUUUACAUUCUCUCAUCGCUCUCUCAAUUAUUUGUCCUUUGCUGGAAUGGUGACAAUAUAAUUCAAAACUCGCUUGAGAUGGCCAACCACUUGUAUGCCUGCAACUGGGAGAGUAGUGUGAAAGUAGCUGCCGAUGAAGAAAAAAAGGAAUCCUUUCCAAUAGUUUCUUAUUCCACCAGUGCCGCUUUUCGCAAGAAUUUGCAAUUCAUGAUUAUGCGCAGUCAACGACAGACAUGCAUAACGGCGAUGAAGUUCUCAAUAUUGUCGCUGAACAGCUUCUCCGGCUUAAUCAGUUCGUCGAUGAGCUAUUUCGCACUCUUGCAAAGUUUCUAUGAGAACGAAGAAAACUAAGCAGUGGCAGUGGCUUCGUCUGCAGCAAGCAUAUGCGCUUUGGAACACUUUUGUUGUACAACUUGGCUGUGCGUUAUAUGUAUGCUUACACCUACAUAACAUAUUUAAAUUCACUUUAUACAAUUAUUUUGUCACAUAAGUUUAACAAUAAUAAAUUAGCUAAAUUUACACAAUAAAAAUGGUUUAGAAAUAUGCAAA